CGAACAUGGCUGACACAGAGCAGGAGAGUGCUACAGACAACGAAAAAUCAAAUCCGGAGGAGCCUAAACAAAGCACUGAACUAGAAAAAUACUGGAAGGCUGUGAAAGACAAUCCAUCUGACUUUACUGGCUGGACAUACCUUUUGCAAUAUGUAGAACAAGAGAACAAAGGGGAGUCUGCACGAGAAGCCUUUGAUGAAUUCUUCAGUCAUUACCCGUAUUGUUUUGGCUACUGGAAGAAGUAUGCUGACCUGGAGAAGAGGUUGGAGGAGUUUGACAAGGCCGAAGAGGUGUUCGAGCGUGGUCUGAAGGCCAUCCCUCUCAGUGUGGAACUGUGGCUCCACUACCUUUGCUUUCUCACUGAAAAACAUGUCAACGACCCGGAAGCUGUGGGCAAAAUAAGAUCUUUAUACACUAGAGCUCUGGCAACAGCCGGAAAGGACUUCCGCUCUGACAAGUUGUGGGACUCAUUCAUCAAGUGGGAGAAGGACCAGAAUGAGUUGGUCAAAGUUACCGCCUUGUAUGAUCAGCUUCUGUCCAUCCCCACACAGCUCUACAGCCACCAUUUUGACAAUUUUAAGUUGCACGUUGAGAGUAAUCACCCCAAAGACAUCCUGACCCUGGAUGAGUUCCUAAAGCUAAGGCAGGAGGUGGUGUCGUCGGCAUCGUCUACGCCAGCUCUCGAUGGGGUGGAGGAGGAGGAGGCCCCACCAGGGGUAGACGAUGGGCCUCCAGGAGUGGAUGACGCCCCACCAGGGCUCGACAGUAGCAAGGUGACUGAUGCAGAGCUGCCGGCACUGAGGGCUAAGAUCAUAGAGACUCGUCAGGCUGUCCACAAGUUGACAGAAGAGGAAGUCAGCAAGAGAUGGGCAUUUGAGGAGGCUAUUAAAAGACCAUACUUCCAUGUCAAGCCGUUGGAGAGAGCCCAGCUGAAGAACUGGCGCGAAUACCUGGACUUUGAGAUAGAGAAUGGCUGUAAUGAGCGGGUGGUAGUUCUGUUUGAGAGGUGUAUGAUCGCCUGUGCUCUUUAUGAGGACUUUUGGCUAAAGUAUGCCAGGUACUUAGAGCCACACAGUGUAGAGGCUGUGAAGAAUGUGUAUAGGAGGGCCUGCAAAAUACACCUUCCUAAAAAACCUAAUAUUCAUCUGGCAUGGGCAGCCUUUGAAGAGAAGCAAGGAAAUCAUGAUGAAGCUUGGGAGAUCUUGUCAAGUUUAGAGAAGACCUUACCCAAGCUUGCCAUGGUACGGUUACGGAGAAUUAGUCUGGAGAGACGCAGAGGGAAUUACCCUGAAGUGGAACAGAUAUACAGGGAGUCUAUAGAAGAGGCCCCCUCUUUAGAAGUUCACUCAUUCUUCGCUUUAAAAUAUGCUAGAUACCUCAGUAAGGUCUUAGGAAAGGUGGAGAAAGCCAAAGAAGUUUUGAACAAAGCUGUGGAAAAAGACAAGAAGAAUACAAAGUUGUAUCUGCAGUUGAUAGACACAGAGUACCAGUGUCAGCCACUGAGGGAAGAAAGAAUCAUAGAGAUUCUGGACAUUGUGAUCAACAACGACGACAUUCCAUUGAGCACUAGGGUCAACUUUUCUCAGAGAAAGCUGGAAUUUAUGGAAGACUUUGGUAACGAUAUUAUCAAAUUAAGUGAAACCUACGAACACCAUCAAAAAUUAUUAAAAGAGUAUCAUUCACAAAAGAAGCGAAAACAAGAGGAGAAUACUGAAGGAGAACCUAAUGCUAAGAAAGCAAAGGAGGAUUACAGUGGUUCCAACGGAACUAGCGCCUCUCAUCAUGUGACCAGUGCAGGAGACACACAGCAGCAGCAGCAUCAUAACUACGCUUACUCACACUGGCCGGGGUAUACGAAUCCAGGGUAUGGCUAUCAACACUCUCACUGGGGAGCUUACAACGCCAGUUACUACCCUUCCUGAUGUCAUUCUCGCACACAACAAACCAGAUAGUCUGACCUGUGCUGUGAAAGGCACAGCUAAAGGAGAUAAGUCCGCAACGUUUAAUGGGGAAGUAUGCAAAAGAAGAACUAGUGCAAGUAUACAAGACUUGUGAAGUUUUCUUUUUCAUUGAGGUAAAUUAUUGUUAUCCUGCUUUAAAACUUUACUCAUAAAUGGACUUUCUGUUUUGUUAUUCUGUUAACAGGCUAUGGGGGCUAAUAUCAAAACACAUUUGUGUAAAUGCUGUCAAUGAAGUUUGCAUUGGACAGGACAUGGUAUGAUUUGUUUAGUUUUUCUGUGAACAUUGUUGUAUGAUGGGGCAGAUGUUUAGGUUAGAUUGCAUAAAUGUGACUGCUUCCUGAACCGUUUGUACUUUUCCAAGCAUUUGUGUCACUAAGGUUAUUAAGCUCUCUGCUUCAUGGUACAAAACCAAGCUCCACAAAUAUAGUUUUUUUUUGUU